ACUGUGCGCACUUGUGGAGCCGCCGGCUGAACUUUGACCAGGCUCAGUUUGUUUUCCCUCAUUCCCAUCAUAUCCACCUUUCAUCGCGCUGGUUGUCUGUCUGGCGAGCCGCUCGAAGGUCCACCCACAACCCAGUGCUCUUUGAGACCGCACCUCGUGACUUGCGCUUUGAGCAAACAAGUUCAACAUCAUGUCAGCCAUCACAAAGGGAAUAUUCAUCGUUGCUGCCAAGCGCACACCAUUUGGUACAUAUGGCGGCAAGUUUGUGCAGAAGAGUGCAGCGGAUCUUCAGCUGACCGCUACCCAAGCUGCUUUGGCUGCUGGAGGCAUCAAACCAGAGCUUGUGGACUCUGUAGUCUUCGGAAAUGUGUUGGCUAUAACUUCUCCUGAUUCAAUUUUCAUGGCACGCCAUGUGGCACUGCGAAGUGGUAUUCCAAUGGACAGACCUGCUCUCGCCGUGAACAGGCUAUGUGGUACUGGAUUCCAGUCUGUAGUCAAUGGAGCCCAGAGUAUUCUUGUUGGUGAUUCCUCUAUUGUUGUGACUGGAGGCGUUGACAACAUGAGCCAGGCUCCUCAUGCUGUAAGGAACAUCAGAUUUGGUGUAGGCCUAGGGGCUCCUCUGCAAUUGGAGGACACCCUCUGGGUUGGACUUACCGACACUUAUUGCAAGAUGCCCAUGGCAAUCACAGCAGAAAACCUGGCGGAGAAGUACAAGAUCAGCAGACAAGAAGUCGACGAGUUUGCUCUUCGUUCCCAGCAGCUGUGGAAGAAAGCUAAUGAUGAAGGCCGUUUCAAUGAAGAACUUGCUCCGGUAACUAUCAAAGUAAAGAAGCAGGAUGUCCAAGUCACUGUUGAUGAGCAUCCCCGCCCUCAGACAACUAUUGAGGGUUUAAAUAAGCUAAACACUCUGUUCAAGAAGGAUGGUACUGUCACUGCUGGAAAUGCCUCUGGAAUCUGUGAUGGUGCUGGCACAAUCAUUCUGGCUAGUGAGGAAGCCGUGAAGAAGCAUGGUUUGACUCCUUUAGCUCGCCUUGUGGCAUAUUCAACUGUUGGUGUUGAGCCAAGCAUCAUGGGAAUUGGACCCGUUCCUGCUAUCCAGAAUGUCCUGAAAGUAGCAGGAAAGUCUUUGAAUGAUAUGGACCUUGUAGAAAUCAAUGAAGCUUUCGCACCUCAAGCUUUGGCCUGUGCCAAGGAGCUCAAGUUGGACAUGAACAAGCUGAAUGUGAAUGGUGGAGCCAUUGCUUUGGGUCACCCUCUGGCUGCGUCUGGUGCGCGUAUCACUGCUCACCUUACUCACGAAUUGAGGAGGAGGAAAGCCAAGUUCGGUGUCGGUUCUGCCUGCAUUGGUGGUGGCCAAGGUAUUGCACUUCUCCUCGAGUCCGUGUAAGAAUACCAAGAGUGCAAAGUCUGCUUGAUGUAAUUUUUAAGAUCCAAGUCUGCGAGUCUGCUCAAACCACAUCACGCUUAACAGUAUUUUAUAAAAUCAAGUCAUUUUUUUAAAACCCUGGCCUUUUACAUGUUAUUGUUGAUUUGUUAUUGAUGGCCUCUGUGUCUUUUCUAAAAGUUUUUUUAUGAUGAAAUAUUUUUAUGAAUAAAAAUGAUUAAAUGCAA